AUGGCGGGGAAGGUGACCUUCUGUGCUUUCGUCUUGGUCUUGCUAUCGACGUUGGCAGCGGCCAUCAGCCCGUCGGCAAGGUCAUCAACCGUGGCGAGGAGAGCAGCGCUGGAGAAUGGCCUUGGCCGGACUCCCCAGAUGGGGUGGAAUAGCUGGAAUCACUUCCACCGGAACAUAAACGAAGAGAUCAUUCGACAAAUCGCUGAUGCUAUGGUGGAUACUGGCCUAGCAAAGCUUGGAUAUGAAUAUAUCAACAUAGAUGAUUACGGGGCAGCCUAUGACAGGGAUUCCCAGUUGAGUAAAUGGCAGCACAAUCAUAUAUGCAGAGGCAACCUGGCUGCAAAUGCGUCAACAUUCCCAUCGGGAGUAACGGCCUUGGCAGACUAUGUGCAUGGGAAAGGGCUCAAACUAGGGAUCUACAGUGAUGCAGGGACACGAACUUGCGGCAAGUUGAUGCCUGGAUCACUUGGAUACGAAGACCAAGACGUGAAAACUUUUGCAUCUUGGGGAAUCGACUACUUGAAGUAUGACAACUGCAACAACCAGGGAAUAAGCCCUCAGCCAAGAUAUGAUGCAAUGAGCAAAGCGCUCCUCAAUUCUGGGAGGAAUAUUUUCUUCUCCCUCUGCGAAUGGGGUGUGGAUGAUCCAGCAACAUGGGCAGGUGGUGUAGGAAACAGUUGGAGAACAACUGGUGACAUCAAGGACACUUGGGCAAGCAUGACAGCCAUCGCCGAUAAGAACGACAAGUGGGCAUCAUAUGCAGGGCCUGGUGGAUGGAAUGACCCAGACAUGCUGGAAGUUGGAAAUGGGGGGAUGACAACAGAAGAGUACCGCUCCCAUUUCAGCCUAUGGGCCUUAAUGAAGGCACCUCUCUUGAUUGGUUGUGACAUCCACUCAAUGAGCAACGAAACCAAGGAAAUCCUCAGCAAUCGAAAUGUUAUUGCAGUCAACCAAGAUGGGCUUGGAGUACAAGGGCACAAAGUGCAACAAGAUGGAGAGCAAGAAGUAUGGGCUUGUCCCUUGACUGGAGGGAGAUUUGCAGUUGUUCUAUGGAACAGAGGGUCUGCUCAAGCAUCCAUUACUGCCAGCUGGUGGAGCAUUGGACUUAAUGCAUCUACCGUUGUUGAUGCUCAUGAUCUUGGACAGAUGAGAUUAUAUCAGCCGUGCAAGGAGAACUGGAGGAAACAGUGGAUUCUCAUGCUUGCAAGAUGUAUGUGUUGA